AUUUUGGCGGGUUUCUCUGAGCUCUCCACCCUGGCAGAAGGAAACAGCUCAAAGGCGCGAACUUCACUCCUCUUUUGUCUCCGAGAAUUCGGCCACGCCAUUGACCAACGAGGGUGUUUUGCUUUCCAGCCUUUGUUGUGGCCCGAAUCUGGCACCGUCCUUGCCUCAUGGUUUCUUGACGACGUCGCUUGAGAGCUUUAUUCACUCGACCUCUUCAUUUGGUUCCCAGUUCGAUUUUCCUCUCCCCUGCCUCGACAGCGACGAGCGCUGCUGGACACCGAAGCGCCGACGAAAAGGCCAGGACGCGAUACGGGUCUGUUCCCCAGAGGCCGUCGUGAGCGAGGCCAACCAUGGCGUCCCAGACGCCAGCGCGACCUGUGCCCGGCGCAUUUCUCGCGACACCAGCUCCUGGUGGCCGGCCCGACCCCGUCAGACGCCGACUCUUUGACACGCCGUCAGCAUCAACACCGGCCCAGUCGCACUACAGACCCGACGCAAUCUCGAGCUCUGCCACGCAGGCAGGGCAGCUCCAGACUCAACAACCCGAGCUACCCCCAGUGGAGAAGGCCGCGAACGAGAUAAAACAUGCCCUACUACAGGACGAGAAUUACCCAGAGAUCGACUCAUUCUGCCGUCCCGGCGCGUCUUCCGACUAUGAUGUCCAGGCCAUCGAGUCGUCUUGGACCCCCUUCCAGAGGACGCAGAUGUAUCCGAUCCCCGACCGUAUCUUCGAGACUUAUAACAUGAGCCAUAUUAGUACCAAGAUGGGUCUGUUCGCCGAGAUCGGUCAUGCAUACGCCUGCAUUGACAACGCGCUGUUGAUGUGGAACUUCAACCAGCCAAACCCCGAGAUCAUCGGGUUUGAGGACCAGCCGCACAGCAUCCAAACGGUCGCGCUUGUGCCGCCCAGACCUGGCGUCUUUCUCGACAGCAUCACACACAUCCUGGUUGUUGCCACGACCAGUGACCUCAUCCUCCUCGGUCUUGCCGUAACCUCACAACCGAAUGGGACCAAGGCGGUGGAGCUGUACUCGACCAAGAUGACUUUGCACGCGCCCUCCAACAGCAUCAACAUCAUCGCGAGCACGUCUUCGGGACGCAUUUUCUUUGGCGGCGAAGGAGACACCGACAUCUACGAGCUCUGCUAUCAACAGGAAGAGAAGUGGUUCUCCGGACGCUGUAGCAAGAUCAACCACUCCCAGGCCGGCUGGUCCUCCUCCAUAACCUGGCUUCCAGGCUCUGGGUUGUGGUCGCCGCAGAGUCACGAGCAUCUGGUCGACAUCAAGGUGGACAACACAAGAAACCUUCUCUAUACCCUCUCCAACAAGUCGACCAUCAGGACCUACUCUAUCGAGAGUGCCAACAAGCUCGUUCUGCGCAUCACCAAGGAAAAGAACCACUGUUUGCGCGACAUCACGCACAUGAUUAGCCGGACGGCACUGCUUACCGACCGCGUGCGAAUCGUUUCCAUCAGCCCGAUAGCCGCACAAGAAGCGUCCAAGCUGCACCUGAUGGCGCUCACAGAUACUGGGUGCCGCCUCUUUCUCAGCGCGACGAGCUCCGCUGCCUACUCCGACACCUACUCGUCCACGUACACGGCAGAGUUGAACCCCAACCUUGCACCGCAGUCGAUGCAGGUGCAGUUCGUCAAAUUCCCACCCUCGGCGACCAACCCAGAAGCCAAUCCGCUCAAGACGAGCCAGCUUGGCUUCAGGUUUGCACCUGGCUACUUUUUCGAUUUCAUUAACACGACAGAAUCUGGCCUGACACUCUUUGUUUCAGCCCCCGAUGCUGGGCGUAUCAAUCACACGGGACUCGCCUCUGCGCUGAAGUUUUAUGAACAUGCCACCUGGGUCGAUGUUGGGUCCAAAGCGGUCGCACUGGACGUCGGGCUCAUGACCAAACCUUUCGCAGCGGCCAAGCAACCACUGGGAUUUGGAAACGAACUGGCUGUCCAGUUCGAUGACGAACCAUGCGAAGUCGCGGUUCUUACUAGCAGUGGGAUCUAUAUCAUUCGCCGCAGACGGUUCGUGGAUAUCUUCGCCGCUGCUGUGAGGGCCGCGGUCGGGGAUGAAGGGCUGGAAAAGGAGGUGCGCAAGUUUGUCCAGCUCUAUGGGCGCGUGGAGACUAUCUCGGCUGCCCUCGCUGUCGCUUGUGGCCAGGGGAGCGACCUUAGGACAGGUACGGGGCGUGCCAUCGACCAGGCCACUACAGACCGAGCCAAGACGGCCUUUGUGACCUGGGGCGGUCAGCCAACCCUUGCCGAGGCAGACGGAAAUGUCAAUCUCACUACGCCGUCGGUCAAGCUGUCGUCUCGCCAUGACGCGCUUGUGCUCUAUCUCGCUCGUCUCAUCCGGACACUCUGGAAUGCCAAGGUGAUCGAGCGCAAGAUUGAUAAGACCAGCGUGGUCGUGGUGAACUCGACGAUCCCCAUCAGCAAGCUCACCAUUGUUCAGGAGAACCUUGAGAGGCUCCGCAACUUCUUGAAAAUCAACAAGGGCAUCAUCCAGGGACUCUCCGGUCCCGCAGACCUCCAGCAUGUCAGCAGUCGGCAAGAGGAGGUUGCGCUCCAAGCCGAGCAUCAGUCGCUUCAUGCGCUCCAGAAGCUCAUGGAGAGCAUAUCAGAGGGCAUCUCGUUUGUUGUCAUGCUCUUCGAUGAGCGAGUCGCUGACAUCUACUUGCGCCUGGAUGAGAAAACCCAGAAGCAACUGCAGGAGCUCACGUAUGAGAGUCUAUUCGCGCAGUCUGCAGGAAAGGAGCUGGCCAAGCUCUUGGUCAAGGCUAUCGUCAACCGCAACAUCGAGAGCGGAUCCAAUGUGGAGACGGUCGCCGAUGCGCUUCGAAGACGUUGUGGCAGUUUCUGCAGCCCUGACGAUGUCAUUAUCUUCAAGGCCCAAGAGCAGCUCAAGCGUGCCUCGGAGCAGUCCUCCAACCCCAACUCCCAGCGAGCACUCCUCAGCGAGAGCCUGCGCCUCUUCGAGCAUGUUGCCAACAGUCUAACCUUCGCUAACCUCGAAGGUGCUGUUUCGCAGUACAUUGACUUGAAGUACUACGCUGCUGCCAUUCGUCUCUGUCUCACCGUGGCGAAGGAGAACGACCGAGGGAACUCUGCCCUGGCCUGGAUCAACGAUAAUAAGCCCGCCAACGAUGUCAGGCAGACCGCCUUCAAGCACCGCAAGCGUUGCUACGAUCUUAUCCACACUGUGCUACAGCGUCUUGAUACUGCAUCUAGCACGGAGCCCGACCUAGUUGAUGGAAAGCCAACGGUGGCUGCAACGAAACGGAAGGAGGCAUACUCGGUCGUGAAUGACUCGGACGACGAAGUGUUCCACUUUGACCUCUAUGAGUGGUAUAUUGAGCAGAAUUGGACGGACCGCAUCUUGGCGAUAGACUCGCCUCAUGUCGUCACCUUCUUGCAGCGCCUUGCCACAGUCGACGCUCACCAUGCGGAGCUCCUCUGCCGCUUCUACACGCACCGGGGGCUCUUCUUCGAGGCUGCACAGGUGCAGUCCGUGCUCGCCAAUUCCGACUUUGCCAUCGGCAUCAAGGAUCGCAUCACGCUACUCAGCCGGGCCAAGGGUAAUGCCAGCGUGUCUACCCUCAGCGGAAACCGACAGCAACAACAGCUGCUGAGCCACGAGAUCACUGAGCUUCUCGAGAUUGCACAUAUACAAGACGACUUGCUGGAGAGGCUGAGGGCAGACCGGAGAAUACCAGAUGAGCGCAAGGCUGAGGCAGAGCAAGCCCUGGACGGGCCCAUCCAGGGACUGAGCGAGCUGUUCAACACAUAUGCCGACCCUGCCGGAUACUACAACCUGUGUCUGCUCAUCUACCAUGCUGCCGACUUCCACCAGACACAACUGAUUGCAGAGACGUGGAAGAACCUUAUAAGCGUCACCCACCAGGAGAUUGAGGAGCGCCGUGAGGAGUACGAGAGGCAGCUGGCGGCAGCCCAGCGGCAUCUCUCGGAGCCGCCUCCGCCGGCACCCUACGAAUCUGUAUCGAUGCAGAUCCAGAUGAUUGCGCACCGAACAUCUCUGGAUACCAUGAUUUUCCCGAUCGACACACUCCUACCGAUUGUGUGCGAGUAUGCCAUCACGCAAGAACAGGAUGAGAGCAUCGGGGCCGACAACUCGUGGCCGGUGCUGCUCUUCCUGCAGCUGCAAGUGUCGCCUUCGGUGAUUGUGCGCAUCUUGGAGCCCAUCUUUGAGGCGCAAGAGGCUCCCUUCACCGGCCGCCGGCGGCGAUUUGUGGGUGCAUGGAUCAACACGGCGGUUGAGGCAUGGCUUCGUGAGGUCGAGCGGCAUGGACUGCAGUCGGUCAGCCGGGGCCCCGUUGGAGACGGCUCAUCAGACGGUAUCCUGGGCUCGUGGGUGUUUGAGCUUCUCGGCCGUGUGGCAGAGGACAUUGGCCGUUUGGCUGCGGCAGGUCGUGAGCACAACGCAGCGACCAUGGAGGCGGAAGAGGUUGUGCGGAGAGCCAAGCAGCUGCGUUUGUCCGUGGAAAAGGCCGUCAGACAACAAGGGCUUAACCGUACCAUGAGGUUCAUGGCAUGAAGCCCGUUAUCCUUGCACGCCACGGCAGUGGUUCGCCGUCGGUCGUCGCAUGACCAAAGCAUGGCUGGUUGCUGUUUGGACGCGAUGGGAUUGUUGUGGAUGAGUGGUAUGCCCUUCAUCGUUGUCGUGAUGCGAGGUUACACCUUGCAUGGGCUGUACUCUCCAGAUAGGGAGGCCAGCGCGAGACAGCAUGUCGUAAUAUGGGUUGGUUUUCCGUGGGGUUGGGGUGUUGGUAUAGGCUGUUCAUCUUUGUGUACAUAGCGUAUUUUCCUCCUGUGCUAAAACUUCCACCAGCCGGCGUUCAGCGCGGUUCAGUUGUGUCUAGUUUCUAUGUCAUCACACUGCUAAUCACCCAUCGACUCUGGCUUUUCUUCAUUCCAUGGCCGUUUGGAUGGCAGUUGAAGUCCAAGAUGUGGG